CAAGACUAGUCAUAAAACUUUUCCAACACUCAGAUCCCAUUUUACGCCAAAACUCGCGAUGUUGAUAGUGUUUAUAAUAGCGAUCGACUUUCUAGAUUUCAGAUGACGAAUUUUAAUCCGUUUUUUAUAUUCCCUACCAAGACGGGCAUUUCGACAUGUAGCAGGUAUUAAACAGAAAGUAAAUACACGGCGGCAUGUGGGGGAUUAUGACAAUAUCUGUAGAAGGAUUUUUAAAACGCCUGCUUCGAUCGUUUGAUGCCAGGUUUGGGGUUCGUGUCCUUGACUGAGUACUUCCUGUGUAAAGAAAUUUCCGAUAAAUUGCGCCGGACUCCCAAAACACCGAACGUACAAAUGCCGGUGUGUUCACUAAAGCAUACUACAUCGCGUUUGACAAGCUGCCGUGUAAGAGUGGGCUUCCUUAGAACAAGGAUCUGAGUGGAUCACAGUUACUAUGUCGGGCAGACAGCAGGAUUAUCUCACUCUACGACAAGAACUGCUCCGGACUAACUCCCUCUAUGUGGACCCGGACUUUCCUCCGGAUAACAGCUCCCUCACCUUUAAUCGGACCCCGCCCCCCGGAAUCCGGAACAUCGUAUGGAAACGCCCGACAGAACUGUCCAGGAACCCCAAAUUUAUCGUUCGAAAUGCCACCAGGUUCGACCUUGAUCAAGGAUACUUAGGCAACUGUUGGUUCAUCGCUGGAGCCGCUCUAGUGGCCACCAACAAGAAACUCCUGGAGCGGGUGGUGCCCCAAGACCAAAACUUUGACAGAAACUAUGCAGGUAUAUUCCACUUUAACUUCUGGUGGUACGGCCGGUGGGUGGAGGUCAUCGUAGACGACUUCCUGCCGACGGACGGAUACCGACUAGUCUAUGCAAGCAACCGGGAGGAACCUAACGAAUUCUGGGCAGCCCUGCUGGAAAAGGCGUACGCAAAGUUGCGGGGUUGCUACGAGGGGGUGGAUGGCGGGAAACUACAGGACAGCGUGGUUGACCUGACUGGGGGCAUCUCAGAAACCAUCGACAUCAAGGACAAAGCCCAGAUCCCGGUGGACAUCUACGAGAUCCUGUGGCGCUCCUGGAAGAUGAACAGUUUCCUGGGCUGUAGUAUCUCUUUACCUCCUAAUGUGGCGGUUUCGUCUCGAGAAGUGCGUCGGCCUAACGGUCUAUACAUGGGCCACGCCUACAGCAUCACAGCUCUCGCUGUGAUUCCAUACCAAGGCUCCAAUGUCCGCCUGUGCAGACUGAGGAAUCCGUGGGGGCGGAGUGAGUGGAACGGUGACUGGUCAGACAACUCUUACCAACUUCGGAACUUGUCACAAGACGCCAGACAGAGACUGGGAAUCGUAGUACAAGAUGAAGGCGAAUUUUGGAUACCAAUUGACGAUGUUUUGGUAAAUUUCGAAGAAAUACAACUUAUUCACCUUCAGCCAGACGCAAUCACACAGGGGGUUGCACUGGAAGAGAGAAAACGUCAGUGGAACGUGACGGUGUACCAUGACCAAUGGAUUAAGGGCGUCACGGCGGGGGGUUGCGGGAACGCCCCGUACCAAGACCUAUACUGGAAGAACCCGCAGUUCUCGGUGACGUUACGUGACGUUGAUGAUGCCGACAACAAACCGACGUGUACCGUCAUCAUCAGCCUGAUAGAGAAAGAACAGAACAACAAGUCGCAGAUAGCCAUCGGGUUCGACGUGUACAAGUUGAAGUACCCCCAGAAUAAGCCCUUGGACGGAGAGUCGGCCCCCAGAAACGCCCUCAUUCUGAAGAAGCGGUCCGGGGUGUAUCAGUAUAACAGGGAGGUCACCCGACGGUUCGACCUCACCCCCGGGACUUACGUCAUCAUUCCCAGCACAUUCAGGCCUCACGAGGAGGCCGAGUUCAUGCUCAGGAUCUACACAGAAAAAAUCAUUAGUAGUCUUGUUUUGGAUGAAAGCAACGUCGGUGAAGUUAAGCCAGAAGUCAAACCCCCGUCAGGGAGGGACCCCUUUCGUGAGUUAUUCCUAAAACACGCCGGAGAGGACGGAAAGCUGAAAGCGAAAGAACUCAAGGAAUUUGUUUUACAACUAUCAACAACAGAACUAAACGAGCCCUUGAAAUUCAGCACAGAAACUUGCAGAAGUUUAAUCACAAUGAUGGAUAGAAACAAAUCAGGGGCGGUGGACCAUGAAGAAGCCAGCAAGAUGUGGAAGGAGGUGAAAGCUUAUCGAGCCGUUUUCCAGCAGUUCGAUUUGGACGGAUCGGGCACAGUAGAUACAUAUGAACUGGACAAACUCUUCAGUACACUAGGUUUUCCUGUCAAUAGAAUGGUACAGACAGCUAUCGUCAGAAGAUACGCGGACCGAAACAACAAGAUCCGCCUCACAGACUUUAUCAUCGUCAUCUGUAAACUAACGCUCAUGUUCCAAAUCUUUAAAGAUCAACAGGUAAAAACUGGGAUGCCAGACUCAGCAACAUUUUCCAUGAACGAGUUCCUGUACUAUACAAUGUACUGCUGAAUCCUGGCAGUGUGUUGGUAAGCGGCAGCGCCGUGAUGUGUUCACACCAAACCUCUCUCAUUUCUCUACAUCACACAAGUCCCUUAUCUAGUUGACAGGAAAAGAACUCAUGUCUUUUGCAAUAUUUUCUAAUCUAC